AUGGGUGGCUAUUUGUGGCUCUGGAUAACUGUGUAGCUAUGAGUGACUAUGGGUGGCUAUAUGUGUGGCCAUGGGAGGCAUUGUGUGGCUUGAAGUGUGACAAUGUGUAGCUAUGUGUUGCUAUGGGUGCUAUGUGUGACUAUGUGUAGCUGUGUGUGGCUAUGGGUGGCUAUGUGUGACUAUGGGUGGCUAUGUGUGGCUAUGUGUAGCUAUGUGCGGGUAUGUGUGGCUAUGGGUGGCUAUGUGUGGUUAUGGGUG